AAAAGUUCGCUUGUGGAGGGAAAUUUUCUUGUUCCUGAUAAUAGAUUGUUUUUACCUUUAUUUUCAGAUUGCAGCGAAAUAAUUUUUGUUGCACGCUUUUCCUACGAAUUUCCACCCUUUUUUAUCAAUCUUAUUCAGUUCAUUUGCGGUCUUAGUUUCUCCUGACACCUGCAAGAUGCCGUGUGAAAUGAUAACACUGCAGCUCGGACAGUGCGGUAAUCAGAUUGGCUUUGAGUUUUGGAAAAAGUUAUGCGCAGAGCAUGGGAUCAAUCCCGAAGGAGUGCUUGAGCCAUUUGCAACAGAAGGCAAUGAUCGGAAAGAUGUUUUCUUCUAUCAGGCAGAUGAUGAGCACUAUAUACCUAGAGCAGUUUUGCUUGAUUUAGAACCAAGAGUAAUUCACAGCAUAAUGAACUCACCGUAUGCCAAGCUAUACAAUCCAGAGAACAUAUACUUAUCAAAGCACGGAGGUGGUGCUGGCAACAACUGGGCAUCUGGCUAUAGCCAAGGAGGACGUCUCCAGGAAGAGAUUUUGGAUAUCAUUGAUCGUGAGGUCGAAGGAAGCGACAGUUUGCAAGGGUUUGUUUUGUGCCAUUCCAUCGCUGGUGGAACUGGAUCAGGAAUGGGGUCAUUCAUCCUAGAAAAAUUGAAUGACAGGUUUCCCAAGAAGUUGGUUCAGACGUACAGUGUGUUUCCAAAUCAGGAUGAAAUUAGUGAUGUAGUUGUCCAGCCAUAUAACUCAUUGUUGACUCUGAAACGGUUAACCCAGUGUGCAGACUGUGUGGUAGUCCUUGACAACACAGCAUUGAACAGGAUAGCCAGUGAUAGACUUCAUAUUCAGAACCCAUCUUUUGCUCAGAUCAACAGCCUUGUCUCCACCAUAAUGUCCGUCUCAACAACCACACUCAGGUAUCCAUCAUACAUGAAUAACGAUCUGAUAGGACUGAUUGCACCUCUAGUGCCUACUCCAAAGUUACAUUUCUUGAUGACUGGUUAUACACCUUUAGCAGCUGACCACGAGGCAACCUCUAUCCGAAAAACAACUGUACUAGAUGUCAUGAUGAGGCUAUUGCAACCUAAAAAUAUGAUGGUUUCAACUGCCCAUGAUCGCAGUGCAGCCCACUGUUAUAUUUCAAUUCUUAAUAUAAUUCAGGGUGAGGUAGAUCCAUCGCAAGUUCACAAAUCAUUGCAACGAAUUCGAGAGCGCAAAUUGGUAAAUUUCAUCCCUUGGGGUCCAGCAAGUAUCCAAGUAGCUCUGUCUAAGAAGUCACCCUAUGUUACCACUGCUCACAGAGUUUCCGGUUUGAUGUUAGCCAAUCACACAAAUAUUUCCUCGUUAUUUGAUAGAGCCCUGGUCCAGUUUGACAAACUACGCAAACGAGAGGCAUUUCUUGAACAAUUCAGGAAGGAAGCUAUGUUUCUAGAAAACUUAGAUGAGUUAGAUACCUCGCGUGACAUCGUUCAAGAACUCGUGGAGGAAUAUCAAGCUGCCACCAGGCCGGACUAUCUCCAGUGGGGCGCAGGAGCAGGACACGUCCAGUAAUCUAGUCUCUUUUGCAAACUGUCAUUCUACAUGUCUCUCUGCCAGGUUUGAUCUGAGUUCCUUGCUAAGUUUUAAUUUUAAUUUCGUCACAUCUUCAAUCAAAGAAUACUCACCAAGAGUGUUAAAGGAAAAACGUGCAUCGUUAUUGCAGUUUUUCAGAAUUUUUACAUCUAUUUAAUUUUAUACGCAGCAAACAAUCAGAGUUUUCACCCUGCAUCUUCUGAAAAUAAUCUUGAAGGAGCAAAGGAUUGAUACAGAUUGCCCCAACAGAUGUGGUUAAAAUUUUCUGUAAGAAAAUAAAGAAUGGCAGGAAGUGUGCAAGAGUUUAAAACCAAAUACGUACUUUUUUACUCCCUAAUGCAUCAUUCCUCCAUACUCUUUUGCAUCCACUGUACAAUAAACUCAAUGAUCAAAGAAGUGCUAAAACAGUUUUUGCUUGAAUUGGCUUCUAUUGUUUGGAGGUCUCUGUAGUUUAUUGUAUUUUAGUUUUUGUUGUAAUAACAUCACCAGGAUUUUUGAUAUAUUUGUCAAUCUAUUUAUCUAAAUAUUCACCUCAGAUUUUCUUGCAUUAAAGCUUACAAGUUUUGGGACCGUUCACGUACUAUGUAAGGCAUUUUGGCAAACUAUUUGAUCAUCCCUCCCUCCCGCAUGGCACCGGUAAAAAAAUUCUCACCUUCCCUCUCUCGAAAUACACCAGAUCGGUCAGAUUCUCCCCUCCCCCUCCAUUUUUUAGGAAAUAAUGGAGAAAGUCUGAAAAAUAGCUGGAAAAAUUAUUUGUAUUGGAUAAUAUUAUCUUUUUUUGAGGUGAGAGGCUCAUGUAAGACAGAGCUUGUCCAUCCCUCUCGCCUUGCAAGACUCCAUUAGGAGAGCUAUGACCCCCUUCCUCUAAGCAGUUUACGCAGUCUUUGAACGACCACUUUCAAAUAGGGGGAAUGUAAUAAUCAAAACUUUGUUGCCCUCAUUUUUUCCGGGGGUCCACUUUUUUUCUCAAAAAGCCAACCACAAUCCCGGAGAAAUGCCUAUAAGAACCAGAGCUUGCGCUCAGCCUCUUUGCAUCACAAGUACGACUGUUCAAAUCAUGUGAAGUACAGAGCAGAACAUUGAGGUUAAAUUUUUCUGAAAGGGGAGGGGUAUUAAUGGACCCUUCAAAAGAGGGACGAGCUUACAAGGACAAUGCUUCCUCUCUAAUAACUUUUUAUUGAUGAAAGCUGUUGAGGGGCAAAUCAUGAAAGGUUAGGCAAUAAAUUGAUGACGGAUACUCCAAAUUUACGUGUCUGCAUGUCAUGAUUUCCGACACAGUCAAUUAUAUCCCACUUUAUGAUCAAAUGUUAAAUUAUUUUUUUUUUUUGAGACCUGCAGGCCUUAGAAGUUUUUUAUAUCUUUUCUAACAGCAUGUGAUCUGCCCUAAAAUGUAAGGAUAAUUAAUUAGCGUGCUUUUAUUUAAGGAGUGUUUAGUAAGUAAUUGAAGGAUGACUGCUUUUAAACCUUUGUGCUAUCUGGAGAUGUAUGAUUAUCAUAGUCUUAUCCAAGAUGAUUGUUGCAAGUCUUUCAAAGUAUUUCAGCUCUCUUCCUCUCUCCCUCUUUCUUCAAUUCUUUAUUUUUUUCAACUAAAGUUUUUUUUUUUGAUCAAAUUAAGACUGAUAUUUAUAAACUCUUAAUUGAACGAACAUUUUACCACAGUUAGAUUAGGAAGAUUUAUUUUUUAACUCGCUUGAAGUAUUCAUUGUGUGAAGGGUCUACUUUUUCUCUCUCUACUUUUUUAAUUUUUUCACCAAAUCAAACAUGUUAAUGAUAACAUUACUAUGGAGGGAAAGAUUUCCAAAGUUACCAAAGUAAAACCACAAUUUUGAGUACCCAUUUGUUUAAUUUUUCACUCUGUUACUCGUGAAACAAACAAAAAAUCAUCAGCGAGUCUUUGACAGGCCCCUUCAGUUGUUACAGUUGAGAGUAGGAUUCAAAAUUGCAUUCAGAUACUUUUAGUCCAAUUUUCAAUCUUUUUGCAAACACGUUGAUUUUAAAGGAUUCCAGUUAGAACUGUUGGUUUAACAAUGUCAUUACGAACAAUUUUUAAGGCACUAAACAUUUUUUCUAGCAUUAAAUUUUUCUCUUUAAUUUUAUUGGGAUGAUUCUAAAAUAGCAAUAAUACUAAUAAGACUAUAAGAUUUAGUGAUUCUACCCAAAUUUUAAUAGAUUUUAACAUAAAUUCUUUUCAGUCUGUUCAACAAAAUUUGACUCUCGCACUUUUCUUGUUACAGUAAAUUGUAUCCCCGAAUAUGUUUUCAUUAUGCUCAGCUUGAGUAUAAAAAAUUUCUGUGAAUUACAUUAGAGUCUAUAACAGCAUGUAGAACAUACUUAAUUUUUUAUCAAGAAAUGUCUCCACCUUAUGUCAUAUUAAAAAAACUCAGUAUGAAAUAAAUUGUCGAUACUACAAGUAA